AUCACGACUUAAUUUCCGGUCGAAAGGACAGACUCCGGAGCGCUCUGUAAAUUGUUGUGUAACCUUGGAAAUGACAAAAUGAGAAAGCGAGUGAGCCAGCGUCGCCCCCACUGACUCCUCUUCCUUCUGCUUGACGGUGUGUGGGAGAUCUGGGACAGAUUUUGUCAACAGCCACCAAGAAUGGCCCUUUGGUAAUAGAAUAGCCGAUGUAAUUUGACACUUCAACUUGCUCGCUCUAUGUGAGUUGAUUCACUUACUCACGCACUAACAUUAAGUCGCCGCUUUCUCUCUCUCUCUCUCUCGCUCUCGCAUUUUUUUAAAACUGGGGGAACACACGGAGCAGAGAAACACCGACGCCUCCGCAAGGAAUUUCUCAUUCCGGAGCUGUGAUAUUCUAUUGGCCAACUGUUCGCGUGGCGAGCUCAAAAGAAGAUACUGAUGGUGGUGGCCCACGACCCAAGCCAGUGCCAGCUGGGUGGGCUGUAAGCUAGAAGAGAAGUCUCUGUCGUGGCAGUGGCAAGGACCUGGAAUCACCCGUUCGCCCCCAACACUGCGUGCCCACCCGGCCUCUCCCGUGCCACGUGAGUGGAAGAGUUUAAUGGCUUACAGGUAGAAGGCAGGAAGAGAGAAUAAAGAUGAACACAGUAACAUCAAUGGAUAGACACAUCCAACAGACGAAUGAUCGACUGCAGUGUAUUAAACAGCACCUACAGAACCCAGCAAACUUCCAGACUGCAGCCACCGAGCUGCUUGACUGGUGUGGCGACCCGCGAGCGUUUCAGCGGCCCUUCGAGCAGAGUCUGAUGGGAUGCUUGACGGUUGUCAGCAGAGUAGCAGCUCAGCAAGGGUUCGAUUUGGACCUGGGAUACCGGCUGCUGGCUGUGUGUGCUGCAAACCGCGACAAGUUCACGCCAAAGUCUGCAGCUCUCCUGUCGUCCUGGUGUGAGGACCUGGGCCGGCUCCUGCUGCUACGCCAUCAGAAAAGCCGGCAGAACGACACCCCAGGGAAGCUGCCCAUGCAACCUCCGAUGAACCCCAUGAACUCCAUGAAGCCCACACUCCCUCCUGGGCCUCACAGUGAUGGGUCAUUUACCUAUGACCCCGUCCCUUGGCAACAAAACACAAGUCAGCCUCCAGGCUCGCUGUCUGUAGUUACGACAGUGUGGGGAGUCACUAACACAUCACAGAGCCAGGUGCUGGGGAAUCCGAUGGCAAAUGCAAGCAACCCCAUGACCCCGGGAGGCAACCCGAUGGGAUCCGGCAUGUCGGGAAAUAACCCGGGGAUAAACUCGCCCCAGUUUGCUGGACAGCAGCAGCAGUUCUCGGCAGGCAAAGGUGGCUCCAGCCAAGCGUACAUGCAGCAGAGCAUGUAUGGUCGACCAAACUACCCCGGGAGCGGCAACUUUGGCAGCAGUUACCCCGGAGGCCCCAACGCUCCUGGCUCCAUGGGCAUUCCUCCGCACAGCAGGCCGCCAACCGACUUCACGCAGCCUGCAGCGGCAGCGGCCGCAGCAGCAGUUGCAGCCGCCGCGGCAACGGCCACUGCCACGGCGACGGCGACGGUGGCUGCCCUGCAGGAGAAGCAGAACCAGGAGAUGAACCAGUACGGACCGAUGGGUCCGGCCCAGGCCUACAACAGCCAGUUCAUGAACCAGCAAGGUACUCGAGGACCUUCCACCAUUCAAGGCAGCAUGAAUCCGGGGGGAAUGGGAACGGGGAUGACCCCGUCCAGCAUGAGCGGGCCGCCCAUGCCCAUCAGCCAGCCCCGUCCACCCGGAAUGAGCCCAGUGUUCGCCUCCCAUGGCCAGCGAGUGGCGCAGCAGGGCUACCCAGGCCCCAGGCCACCUCAGCAGAUAGCAAUACAGGGAGUGAAGCGACCGUACCCAGGAGAGCCAAGUUACGGAGCCCAGCAGUAUGGACCAAACAGCCAAUUCCCCAACCAGGCUGGGCAGUACCCUGCUGCCAACUCCCAGAGGCCCAUUACGUCGCCCGGUUACCCAGGACAGAGGAUGCCAGGCCAGCAAAGCACAGGCCAGUACCCGCCGCCCCCUGUUAACAUGCCUCAGUAUUACAAGGCAGAGCAGUUUAACGGGCAGAACAACAGUUUUGCUGGAAGUGGAUACACCUACAGUCAAAGUAGUCUGAAUGGGCCUCCAAGGUCUGUGGCAAGUUACCCUCAUUCUCCUGUGCCGGGAAAUCCCACUCCACCUAUGACUCCAGGAAGCAGUAUCCCGCCAUACUUGUCUCCAAACCAGGAUGUCAAGCCUCCCUUCCCGCCGGACAUUAAACCCAACCUGAGCUCCUUGCCGCCACCACCUCCAACCAACGACGAACUGCGGCUGACCUUUCCGGUGCGGGACGGCGUCGUGUUGGAGCCCUUCCGACUGGAGCACAACCUGGCCGUCAGCAACCACGUGUUCCAUCUGCGACAGUCGGUGCACCAGACGCUGAUGUGGAGGUCUGACUUGGAGCUUCAGUUCAAGUGCUACCACCAUGAGGACAGACAGAUGAACACAAACUGGCCAGCGUCAGUGCAGGUCAGCGUGAACGCCACACCGCUCACCAUCGAGAGAGGGGACAACAAGACGUCACACAAGCCCUUGCACCUAAAGCAUGUCUGCCAACCGGGAAGGAACACCAUCCAGAUCACAGUUACUGCCUGUUGCUGUUCACACUUGUUCGUACUUCAGCUGGUUCACAGACCGUCAGUUCGAUCAGUCCUUCAAGGCUUGCUGAAGAAGAGGCUUCUCCCCGCUGAGCACUGCAUCACAAAAAUAAAAAGAAACUUCAGCAGUGUGGCAGCCUCUUCGGGUGGCGCCACUUUGAACGGGGAGGAUGGAGUGGAGCAGACGGCAAUCAAGGUGUCGCUGAAAUGUCCCAUCACCUUCAGGAGGAUUCAACUUCCAGCAAGAGGUCACGAUUGUAAACAUGUACAGUGUUUUGAUUUGGAAUCGUACUUACAGCUGAACUGUGAGAGAGGAACUUGGCGGUGUCCUGUAUGCAAUAAAACGGCACUCCUGGAAGGACUUGAGGUCGACCAGUACAUGUGGAGCAUCCUUUCCAAUAUACAAAAUUCUGAGUUUGAAGAAGUCACCAUUGAUCCGACCUGUAGCUGGAGACCAGUCCCACUGAAGUCCGACAUUCACAUUAAAGAUGAUCCCGAUGGUCCACUCUCCAAGAGGUUUAAGACCAUGAGCCCCAGCCAGAUGAUUAUGCCCAAUGUCAUGGAGAUGAUAGCAGCCCUUGGGCCUGGUCCGUCACCAUACCCUUCCCUACCUCCACCUCCAGGGGGCAGCAGUGGCAAUGAGUAUGGCAAUCCGGGUAACACUUACCCCAGCCAUGGGAACUUUGAUUUCCCACAUGGUAACCCUGCCGGUGCUUCAAUGAACGACUUCAUGCAUGGGCCCCAGUUGUCGCACCCUCCAGAUAUGCCCAACAGCCUUAUGACUCCUGACAAGCCUCUCAGCCACUCCAUGCCAGACCAGAUGUCUCAUCCUGGCAGUACUGAUCAGUCCCAUAGUUCCAUGCAGAAAGGUAUGCACGCACCUCACCCCAGCAGCCAAUCAGGGCAGCCAUUACAUCACAGUGGUCCUGCCCAGCAACCCCGGCAGGUUGUUCCUAGCAACCAUCCACACAGUGAUCUGACCUUUCACCCGCCCUCCACCUUGGAAGGUCAGGCUGGUGGUCAGGGAGCGUCUGACAUGCCGGAACCAUCACUGGAUCUUAUUCCAGAAUUCACAAAUCCAGAUGAGCUCCUCUCCUACCUUGGCCCUCCUGACUUGCCCAGCAAUAGCAAUGAUGACCUCCUUUCUCUGUUUGAGACCAACUGAGAGCCCAGCCCUUCGUCCAUCCUUUGCCAGGUAGCCACACAAGAAGUCAAACACCCUUUUCUGCAAGCGUCCAUACACUAGAUGAAAUGGUGCAAAAGGAUCCUAGUCCUUCCGGAAUGAUCUUCUUACACACUUCCACAGGCAGAGAGCAGCGUGGGCAGAGGGGUGGGGAAGGCAGCUUCUUAGGUCUUGCUACUGAGUUCCGGGUAUUUGCCUUCAUCAGAAACAUUCUUGUAAGCUUUAUCAAACCGGUGUUCUGAACAAAUAGGAAGAGCUUCAGGUGCUAAAUUUGAGAAAACAGCAACGAAGAGCGGGAAGAAAUUAUCUUCGCAGACCAGUCUCCAAGAUGUUCCUUUCCACUACCGCCACACCCACUCUUAUCCCCGUCCCGAGUCCCUUUAAAUCGCCAGAAGCUGUAAUCUUCCACACGGCAGCUCCUGCGGAAGGAGCGAAUGACCUAAGGAGUCACAGGCAUAGAGUAUUUAGGUCAGAAUGCAACAAGAAAGCACAAAACCACUGACCUGGAUAUCAAAUUGGGAAAUUGGUGCAAAAGCAGUGAAUGAGAAGUCGUGACUUCCACACCCAGCAAGUCUUCUGUACAGAGGUCUCCUCCAGCUUGCUUUUCUCAUUGUUCGGCAAUGCAAGGGGCCGCUGACAGCCUGCUGUCUGUAUGCAAGCGCAUCCCCUCCUUGCAGUAUCUUAGAGCAGUCCUCAGCUGUUUUGCCAACAGGGUCUGACAAGCCAGCGUCCUGUCCUUCCCGAGAGGACGAUGGAUGGACCUCUCUCAUUUGUGACUCAGUCUUCUUCAGAAGGCUCACGGUGACAGCAGCGAUCCUAGGGCAGUUGGCUGCAGUGGACAGACUGACAACCAGACAGGAUCCACCGGCAGAGCCGGGAGCCCUGAUGAUCAGGGACUGAAGGCAUUGGCAACCUUUCCCUGGUCUCUGCUUUCCCUCGGAGACAGGUGCUCUCCUUGCAAGUUUGGGAUUUGAAACAAUACUGAAGUCCUUGCACCAGUGAACCUUUUCCUCUUUUGUCAUGCAAGCCUCCAGUUUAUCUGCAUGAGCCACCUCUUCUCUCUAGUCCUCUGUCCUGAUGUACCUUCCUCAGCGUUGUUCAAUAGCUGUCUGACAAGAAAGAGGAAAAACUGCCUGUGCGAGUCAAUUGCCUGUACCCAUGUAGUUGAUACAGUCUGACCCUUUUUUACACCCACCAAGGAAUCAAGUAACUACACUCCCAAAAAUCAUAUAUUUUUUUAACCUGUGACACUAUCAUCUGCCAGUGUCAAAGGAAUUUGUUGCAUUUCCUUAUAGUUAUUGUUUUAUUUUAUUUUUCAUUUUUAUUGCGCUGAUUUUUUUCCCCAACAUAAAGCUUGAUGCUGGAAGCCUGUUCGAUGCUUUCACUUCCAAAGCCACCUCCUGUUUCCUGUCCACCCUCUUUGCUCCCUUUCAAAGAAGAUGACAUCUGAUCCAUAACUGCUGUAUAUUGUAUGCUAGUUUCCAGUAUGCAGCUGUAGAUAUGAAAAUGAAUGACUAUUUGCCUUUGUUAGUAGCAGUACUGAAUCUGUAAUCGUCCUGUAGAAACCUGCCAGGUAAAUAAAUACUCCUGAAAUGCCCCACCCCCCCCAUCUCCUGUAAAACACAAUGUUCCGUUUGCAAACUGUUUAAAAUGCGAUUGUAAAUACCUUUGUGAAUAUUUUAGAAACGUCUUUGAUAAUAUUCAACAUUUUUCCACGACCGGGACUGGUUGUCUUUUCCUGUGCUUUUUAAAUUGUGUCCCGUCCAUUCUUCCACAGAGCAGAGGAACCAUUCUCCACCCUUCCCGAAAUAUAGAAGUAAUGUUGCCAUACCCUUUCUAGCCCUCUUAAAUCUCAAGUGUGCUCAAUUGAACUAUAGGGAAGAACAUGUCACUAGUGCAGUGUAGUUCACUUCUGUUAAAUGAGUGAUGUGUUUCACUUGCUGGCAUUAUAAGCAGUUUAUGUUUUGUUACUUGGUUUUAUGGUUUCUUUUAACGGAAAGAGAAAUUGCGAAAUAUAAUCUCUUCAUUGGUCUUUGUAAAUGUCAAAAAUGUUUGAUGAAUGACAGGUUGUGUAUAAAGGUACUCAAUUUGCAGGGAUUUAUCCUGUUAAACAUGUUAAUGAAUAAGGUGUACAGAAAGAAGGGAGGAAGUCAAAAUGAUCUUAAACAUAUGACAGUCGUAUGUUUCAUCCAGGCAUGAAUGUUGGAUAGUUCCUGGCAUAUUGGAUGACAAUUAUUGAGAAGUAUCCUAUCCUUAUAGUUUGAGACUAUAAUGUGAUUGCCCAAGGUAUAAAUAAAUCUACAUUUUCUGAGAAGGUUACAUGCGUGACCACGUCAGCAGUUGGCUCUCAGUAUAACCUAACAUCCUUAAGAAUCCUCUUCCCCACUCACUGGGCUCAAUUGACCCAGCAGGAAGUGACUCUUGCCCUGGCUGUGUGGCCAUCACAGACUACUUCCUGCACCUUUCAUUUCAAUUUAUCCCCAUCUUAAGGGCAGCCAGUCUCUUGGUCCAGCAAGGUACUGGUUCCAAAGUGGGAGCGUGUUCAUUUGAAAUGGCUUCAACAAAAUGCCUAGGAUAAGUGAAGAGUUUCCAAUGACAGAUGAUGCACUGCCAAUGAGUUUUUUUUCCAGAAAAAAAAUUCUAACAUGUUGUAAUGUUACUUUAAAACAAAGAAGAAGGCCAGUGAGUGAGCACUGGCAUGUUUUGUGUUGAUUUUUUUUUAAAGAGCUGUUUCACGCACGUAGUCUCCAUGGUUUUACAAGUAUCACUGUGGAAACCUGGCUGGGAAGGGACCUUGGUGAUCUUUGAGUCCCUGCUCGGACUUCUGUAAGGACAAAGCAGACAGACAUACAGAGACAGAUAGCAGGGACUAAGGGACGUGUACAUAUGUAAAUGAUAAAGGGAGACAUGUUCAAUGUAAAGAAAAGUGCAUUCAUUUUCCUGAAAUGUGCAUUGUCUCAACCGGCUUGAAAUUCAUCAGAAGUGACUGUGUGGAAAGAGAUAUACUGUUUGUUAUCUUACGUGAAGUCUUGACAUUCAUUCACCUCUGUAAUAUACGCUGAUCCUUCAGAUGAAACCUUUGUUUUACCUACGUGUAAUAUUUAGCUUCAGUGUAUUAUCAAGUAGAUCACCUGCAUAUUUUUAAGGUGCUACAAAAUUAAUGAAGAAAAUGAGGGGGGGGGGUUAAAAAAAAAGAUUGUAACCAAAUUCAUAGUUUGUACAAUUUUUGAUAUCAUGAUCAUUCAGGAAUUCAAAAAGGGUACAAUCUCCUGUGUCACUUGCAAAUAUGGCCAUUGUUUUUUUUCCCGUUUGUACAUUGUAUGUACAAUGCAAUCAUUUCAUACUUUAAACUGGUCAGAAAACUAAUUGUGAUUUUUAGUCUUGCAAACUGUAUGUAGUUAGAUGAUGUGACAACCUAAUAUUUAUCUAAUAAAUAUGUAUUCAGAUGAAACUGUGUGCAACUGCUUU